AUGGCUGAAUUGAAUUCGUUCAAAUUUGCGAAGUUAAAUGGGUCGAAUUAUCGGACCUGGUCUUUUAACAUGCGUUUGUAUUUAGAAAGCCUUGAUCUGUUUGAACAUGCUGAGGGUACUGCUCAACUUACGUCGGAAAGUGCCGAAGUUUGUCAGAGUUUUGCGCGUAAUGCGAAGAAGGCAUGGACUCACAUCUGUCUGGCUAUCGAACCAGAAUAUCAAAUUCAUGUACGCCAUACCACAACUGCAAAAGAAGCAUGGGACGCUCUAAAGAAGCAAUUUGCUAGAGAAUCUCUGUUACAGAAAGUGAGAUUGAGACAACAAUACUACGCUUGCCGUUAUCGUUCAGGAGAAAGCAUGUUGGAGCAUAUUAGUCACUUAAGAACAUUGCAUGACCAGCUAAAAGAAAUGGGGUAG